UUUUGCUUCUGCUGCAUUAGUGCUGUUUGAGGAAAUGUUUCACAAAUUCAAUCAUUUUACCAUAGAUUGUUUUUUUUCUGUAAAAUAUCUUAAUCAGCAAUUUUUUUUCAAACAAAAUGUCUUUUUCACCACAUAUUGCAUCCUAGUUAGUGUUUUACAUAAUUAGGCCUGAAAAUAUAUAGUCCAAAAUAUAACCAACGGCACGCUUUUACCCAUAAAAACAAAAUUAUACUUUCAAUCCAUACAAAUUAGUUUAUGCCUGUUUCCCCCAAACUAGAAACAAGUGUAAAAAUACACUGUUUUAUAUUAAAUAUAUUACAGAAAAAAAUUUAAUGCCCAAUUUCCUGCUAAUUUGCAUUUUUCACAAAUUAAAAUUUUAUUUCAACAAUGACAAUUUAAUACAAAAUUGUAAAAUAUUUAAGCAUAUAUUGCCUCUUUCCCAAAAUAUUGGAGAAUUAAAUAUUCUACAAUAUUUUGCCACCAGUUAUAUGAAACCAGUUUUCUAUUAGGACGGUAAGUAAUUGUGACACCUAUGUAGAAUAUAAUGUAAAAACCUAUUGAUCUAGUAUAGAGCCUUGUGGAACACUGCCAGUUAUCUAUCUACAGGGUGUCCUGAAUAAAUAGUUGUAUAAAAAAAACUUGUGUUGGCCAUGAAUAAAAACAUUUUUUUAUAAAACGGGAAGUCCAGUAGUAACUGAGCUUUUAAAACCACCACAACUUUGCCUUUGACUAGCUUAAAACUGAAUGAAAAAUGCCAUAAACUGGCAAAUGAAAAGCACUGAUAAUUGUGGUGUUCUAACCCUUCAAGCAACAGUUAGGUGAAUACAAACGGCGCAUCAACCAUGUAGACAGACAAUAUAACUAUUAAAAGUCCAUCCAUCCACCCGUUUUCUGAGCCGCUUCUCACUAGGGUCGCGGGCGUGCUGGAGCCUAUCCCAGUUAUCAUCGGGCAGGAGGCGGGGUACACCCUGAACUGGUUGCCGGCCAAUCCCAGGGCACAUACGAAUAAACAACCAUUCGCACUCACAUUCACACCUACGGGCAAUUUAGAGUUGUCAAUCAACCUCGCAUGCAUGUUUUUGGGAUGUGGGAGGAAACCGGAGUGCCCGGAGAAAACCCACGCAGGCACGGGGAUAACAUGCAAACUCCAUAUUAAAAGUCAUAUUUUAUUAAACACAUAAGUAAAACGAUAUAUUUUUUGUGUGUGUGGAAAAAAAAAAUCCGCGAAUGGGUGAAUCCGCAGGGGCCGAACUGUGAGGAUGCGGGGGUUCACUGUAUUUUGUGUUGGGUGAACCACUUGAUGGCGCUGUUUCACAACCAAAAGUUCAAAUGCUGGCAGUUGGAACUUUUGACUUGACAGUACUCCUCCUUCUCCUCUUUCUCUCUCUCUCUCUUUGCACGUUCAGUAAUCGGACACCCUUUAAAAAAAAGUAAGAGAAAGGAGGGGGAGCCGGCCUAGAAGAAGAAGGAGAAGAAGCAUGGAGCCUUGAAGCAGUGUCCACACCGGAGUGUGCAUAGCGAGUCAAGCCGAGCGAGGAGCCUCCUCGAGCGGACUGGAUUGCACGAGAGGAGCCCGUGACGGUAGGACUUUUCCGAUGGUUCUCAAAUGGGUGAGUUCGCACGGCGCCUUGUGAGGAGCAGAUGAUGAAGAAUUACAGCGGCAGUCCGCCUCACCACAGCAGCAGCAGCAGCAGCAGCAACAGCAACAGCAACGGCAACGGCAGCAACAGCAGCCAGCAGCAACAGCAGCAGCAGCAACAGCAGCAGAGCCCCCAUCUCGUCCACUUCAGGGACCACCGCAACCAGCACAAGUUGUGCUCGCUCGCCGCGCUCCCCUGGCGCUUGCCCCUCCGAGCUUAUGGCUUCUGCAUGGCGGCGCUCUUCGUCUUCUGCCUGUCCUCGCUCUUCUACCAGCUCAACGGAGGACCCCCCAAAGUCCUGCUGGACAUCCGACAAUAUCUCGGGUCAUCUACAUACGAGGAUGACCACGGACCUCCUGUUCCAAGAGUGCUCCCGUUCCCGAGCCAGGUUGUGUACAACCGCGUGGGCAAGUGUGGCAGCCGCACAGUAGUCAUCCUGCUGCGGUUGCUAGCCGAGAAGCAUCAGUUCAACUUGAUCUCGUCGGACAUCCACAAUAAAACGCGCCUCACAAAACACGAGCAGGUGGAUCUCAUGAAAAACAUCACUAAUAUCCCUCAGCCAUUCCUGUACACGCGUCAUGUUCACUUCCUCAACUUUACCAGGUUUAAGAUCGAGGAGCCCGUCUACAUCAACAUAAUCCGCGACCCCAUCAACCGCUUCCUGUCCAACUACUUCUUCCGUCGCUUUGGCGACUGGAGGGGUGAGCAGAACCACCUCAUCCGCACCCCCCAGAUGAAAGAUGACGAGCGAUACCUGGACAUAAAUGUGUGCAUUCUGGAGAAUUACCCAGAGUGCUCCAACCCCAGAGUCUUCUACAUCAUCCCAUACUUUUGCGGGCAGCACCCCAAAUGCAGAGAGCCCGGCCCGUGGGCUCUGGAUAGGGCCAAACAGAAUGUACUGGAGAACUACCUGCUGGUGGGCAUAUUGGAGGAGCUGGAAGAUGUGCUGCUCCUGUUGGAGAGGCUCCUACCGCACUAUUUUACCGGAGUGCUCGACAUCUACAAAAGCCCUGACCACAGGAAGAUGGGCAACUUGACGGGCACGGUCCGCAAACACACGCCCACCCUGGAGGCGCUGCAGGUGCUCUACCACCGCAUGCGCUACGAGUACGAAUUCUACAACUUCGUACGGGACCAGUUUCACCUGAUGAAAAAGAAAAUCGGCCUCAAGUCGGAUGCCCGACCGCCCGCCUACACGCCCGACUUCCUCCGGGAGCUAGACCUACGGACCCCCGAGCCCCUGGACGAGGACGAGGAGCUGGACUCCGAUCUGGAGGACGCUAACAACUGGCUCGUCCAUCAGUAGCAACUGCCUGUUUGUUUGUUUGUUUUUAAAGCGGUGGACACAAGCCCACUCCCUCCUUGGAGAUGGCGUCCCAAGGGCGAUGACGGUUACGCCCUUCAGAAGCUGAGGUGCAUUUCCAUACCGGACUUUGUGGACGGGCUCAGCACUGGGGACGACUCGGGAACGGACAAGAUUAUUUAAAAGUUGAGUGAGGAUCACGGGAAAUAACGCUUAACUCGCUUCUACAUGAAGCAAGGCUUUCCUUUUUUUGUGCUUGUUUUCCCGGUUUGUUCUUAAAACGGAAGCGGUUAUUGCUGUAUUCUCCAGGAGAGAUAAAGCACGGCGAUGCGCACCGGGGCUGCACAGCGGUGGCCCCAAAACAUGGGAAGAUACAUUAUGGUAAGAGGUGAUGUCUAUGUAUAUAUUAGGAAAAAGCUGAGUCGCCAAACGUCAAUGAAUGGAAGAGUGCCAAAAUUGUUAUACACUUCUCACAUAAAAAGUUGGGCUUUUGGGUCAAAUUCAAGGAUGAACCUAAAAUGCACUAAAAGCGUCACAGGUGCCUGUUGGGAAUUUUGCCUUUCAGCUCUUUGUUAGACAACAAAAAGUACUAAAACAUUGAACAGUUGCGCGUGCAUUUAAAGGUUUUGUGGGUCAAUUAAAUUGACCUGUCCAGGUUGGUGCGUUGUAGCUUCAUCCUGCAAUGUCGCCCGAAUAUUCCAAACUUUUUUGUGAGUAGUAUACAGCAUGUAUAUCAGUAAGUGCCAAACGUCUCCGAGACAGGAAGCAAUAUAUAAGCGCGUUUCUACUGAGCAGCACAGUUGGGCUUGUUUCCGUACGGUAAGCUUUUCCAACUGUUGUGCUGCGGUACCUCAAGCACGGAGCUUAACGCACAGCAGAAUGUUGCCCGGAUCGGGCCCAAUUGUCAGUAUGUGUAAAGCCUGUGAUCGUAAAUAUUGAACAAGUUUAACAUUUAUGAUUGUCAGCCUCCAGUGUUUUUCGAGCAGAUCGAGGAUAACAAAUCACUCCUACCACGCCCCACACCACAGGACAAUUGCUCAUGAUAAUCGUUCAGAGACAUCCGACACUCAGUCCUUUGCUGAGUUUGAUCGGAAGAGAAGAAAAAUACUCAAAUUAAGCCCAAUUAUUGGUAUGUGUGGUCUGUUACAGGAUUUACAAUCAUAUGUAUUAAACACAUUUCACAUUUUGAUUGUCGACCUCCACCAUUUUUCGAACAGAUCGGGGAGGAAAGAUCACUCUUAACACACCCCACACCACUGGAUCAUCACAAAAGAGAAUCAUCCAGAGACUUUUAUGAUCAGAAGAGAGGAAAAAUGCUUGAAUAUGGCCCCAUUGUUGGUAUGCGUGAAGCCCAUUUAAGGAUUUGCAAAUCAAGCAUUUUAAACAGGUUUAACAUUUCCAAUUGUCAGCCCUUUUUCAUUUUUCGUGCAGAUCGAAAAGAAAAAUCACUCUGAACACACACCGCACCACAGGAUAAUCACUCCGAUAAUCUUAUCUGACAAUCGGACCUUUGCUGACUAUGAUCGAAAGAGAGGGAAAAAUGCUCAAAUUGGGCCUGAUUAUCGGUAUGCGUGUACCCCGCUUAUUACGGCUAAGGCCGUAAUGGCGACACAUGCAAAUCUAGCUAAACCGUUCCAAACUAGAUCCAGCUGAACCAAACUGUACCGCUUGGUGGAAACGUGGCUACGAGUGAUUGGUGCGUUUUGUUAAAAGAGAUUAUUCUUAUUAUGAAAUGUAUAAAUGACGGUUAAACCGUAUGCACUCAUUAUGAAUUCAAAGAAUUCCAGCAAAGUGUGCAAGUAUGACUGAGUUUGACCAGAGUACUUUAGCAGAGAUUUAUAGUUUGCUUUCACUUUGUUGGGACUUGAAGUUGGCCAGAGGUAUUUGUUACAAAUAAAAGAUUGUUCCAUGUGAAGUUUAAAAAUAUUGAUAUAUUUCGGCUGCAAAAAAAAAAAAAAAAAAGUCUUGAAAUUCAGAAUUUCCUGCUGCAAACAAAGUUACACAUUUGUUUGAGCCUCCUAAUUUUACGGGCAUAAAGACGAUUAUGAAUUACGAGGAAAAAAAAUUAUUUUUCAAAAAUAUAUCCUAAUUUUAAAAAUAUGGUCCAAUUAUUAUGGGAGUGAAGUGAAAAAAAAAUAGUGCUUAUCAAUUGAUAAACCCGGAAUAUAAUGACUUCCUAAAUUGUCAUUUUACGUUUAGAAUAAGGGGAAAUAUUACAAGGGGAAAAAAACUAUUUUUUACAGUUAAAAUAUAUUGAAUAUAAUUUUUUGCCAUCAAAACGUUUCAACAUUUUUCUUGCUGCCCCCCUUGAAGUCCUACAACGGCAUUGAUUUAGAAUGACAAGAUCCCAUUUUAAGAUACUUGUUUUGUGUCAACACUCAAAACCCUUUAAAAUGUUUUCUGGAUUGUUGUCCCACUGUCAAAGAAAAAUUCAUAUUGGCAUUGUGGUCUACCACUGUUCUUUAGUGUCUUUAUUUUCCAGUGAUAGAGUAUUAAAACCGCAGUAAUACUGUACGUUUCAGACCCAGCCGCAAUAGGUGAAAAUCCACAAUAUAGAGAUAAAAAGAAAAAAAAAAUAUAUAUAUAUAUAUAUAUAUAUAUAUAUAUAUAUAUAUAUAUAUAUAUAUAUAGUUUUACCCCACCCACUCACGUUAAAUGCAUUUAAACCUAUUAGAAUAGAACUAAACCUAUUAAAACACACUUAAACCUACAGUAUUUAAACACACUUUUUGAAGUACUCCUUAGCACCCCUCACUGUCAAGAAAUGGUAGACUAGUGUAUAACAUCACUUUGAAGAAACCAAAAGAAGACUCCCUCGCACAGAUUUCCAAGUCAGAGUCAAAGAGUGCUUGCUUCAAGCUUGCUUUCUUGGUUUAUUACUCCCAGUUCAAGUUUACUGUAAAACUGCCACAUCAAAAAAGCGACUCACAUUGUAUACUAAAACACCAAAAUUUGCAACCAAACCAUAUUACUUCAUUUUACAAAAAUCUGUUAGCUGAAUGCUAACAUAUAAUGCGAAACGCCAUAGACGGGCCUUUGGACAUUAGCGUAAAUAUUGCUGUAAUUCUAAACAUUCAAACAACUGCAAACGAGCGUAUAGCAACACUCGGAGGCAUAAUAGUCUCUCUGCUCUUUAAGAAUGAUUAUUAUUGGAGCUUAGUAGGGGACCUUCUCUGCAUCUUCUUCUUGCUGCAUCUCUUCCAGUAGACCUCGUGGUACUACAAUGAAGGCACGCAACUCCAAAUUCGGACGUGAGGGAGUAUUUUAAAAAGUUAAAAAGACACAGAAGUCUUCGUACUGUAUAUCCGAAAGGUUCCGAAGUAGGGCUGUGCCUGUAUACUGUAAAAACCCAUAAAAAUACAUUGCUUAAUUAAAAAAAACGAUGGCUAUAUAGCAGGCAAACCAACAAUGAUAGUGGGGGAAUACUGUAUGUGUUUUUCUCAGCGUUAAAUCUCCGCUAAAUCUACUUCCACCAGCAGCUAAACAACGACUUACGUCAAAUAUACGAUAACCAUGAAUGAUAAGCUUGCUCGGUCCUUUCCGAAUGUUGUCCUGCUUUGUGUUCACCUUUCUCUUAAUUUAUUAUUCCUUUUUUUUUUUUUUUUUCGAUUCAUUACUGUGCAUUCCACAUCAAUUUCUCAGGAAGGAAAGACAAAACUGUUGUAUUAAUAAUUGUAUCAUUUCCAACUUGGCGGCUAUAAAAAAAAUAAAAAAUAAACAAUUCCUGGCGUUCCAUGGGAAGCCUUUGGAUGAGUUGGUGUCAAAAAAAAAGGAGCUACAUUUUACACUCUUCCAAAAUAAACUUCCUCAGAAUAAAA